AUGAUAGUCUUCAUUUUCCUGGCUAUGGGGCUGUGCUCAGAAAAUGAAUCUGCUUCCCAGACCACGGACUGCACUUAUUUAAGAGAGCGAUGCCUGAGUGGUGAGAAUGGAUGUGAACAUGCAUGGAGAAGAAUGGAAGAUGCUUGCCAUGUUUCAGGUAACCCCUGCAAGAUGAAGGAUUCAUCAGGCUGUAACCUGGGCAUCCAAUCCUUAGUGGAAAGCAAUUUCCAAUUUCAAGCUUGUCUCUGCACUGAUGACCUCUAUUGCACUGUUAAUAAACUGCUUGGAAAAAAAUGCAUCAAUGAAUCAGAAGUAUCAACACUAUCCUCAAAUUUGGCUUCAGAAUCAAAUAUCACAAAAAGGCUCCAUCAGAAUGAUACAUCACUAAUGGUGGAAAAAACGAGUGACUGUGUUGUAGCAGCACGCAUCUGCCAGGAAUCAGAACAUUGCACUGUGUUGUAUGAGAAUGUUAAGAAAACCUGUGGGAGGGAAUCAGAACAAUGCAAGACCCUUGAUGGAAGCCACCUGUGUGAAGCAUUAACAGAAGGUCUUCAGGAAACAAUCUUAUGGAAUUGUCAAUGCAAUGACCCUUCAAAAGUAGAGUGCAUUGAAAUUUGGAGGAGUUUGUUUGAAGACAAUUGCAUACAGGAUGCUCAGAUGAAUCAAGUUCCAGCCUUUGGUGAAGACUAUGAAGAUGGAUUCAACCAGGACAUUGUUUCUGGUGGAUGUAGCCCACAUUCUCCUGUUAAAUUUAGAAAAUGGUUCACUAAUGAAGUUUUUGUUUUCCUUCUAUAUAACAAGAGAGGGGAUAAUAAAUUCAAGUGGAAUCUAACUACUCUUCCCUAUCAUGAAAUGAAAGGGAUCCGGUCCUGUUUGGAAGUGGCAGAGACGUGUGUAGGGGAUGUGGUCUGUAAUGCACAGUUGGCCCCUUACCUUAAAGCUUGCUCAGCAAAUGGAAAUCUGUGUGAUGUGAAACACUGCCAAGCCGCCAUACGGUUCUUCUAUCAAAAUAUGCCUUUUAAUAUUGCCCAGAUGUUGGCUUUUUGUGACUGUGCUCCAUCUGAUAUACCUUGUCAGCAGUCCAAAGAAGCUCUUCACAGCAAGCCAUGUGCAGUGAACAUAGUUCCACCCCCGACUUGCCUCAAUAUAAUUCACAGCUGCCGAAAUGAUGAAUUAUGCAGGAGGCACUAUAGAACAUUUCAGUCCAAAUGCUGGCAGCAUGUGACUGCAAAGUGCCAUGAAGAUGAGACUUGCAUCAGUAUGUUGGGCAAGGAGGACCUCACUUGCUCAGGAAGUGAUGACUGCAAAGCAGCUUAUAUUGGUACCCUUGGGACAGUCCUUCAAGUGCAGUGCACCUGUAGAUCCAUUACACAAAGCGAAGAACCUGUGUGCAAGAUUUUCCAGCAUAUGCUUGAUAGAAGUUCAUGUUUCAAUUAUUCGACUCUGUCUAAUGUCAAAGGCAUUGCAUUGCAUAAAAGUAAACAUAGAGAGGAAAUAACUCUAAGUGGAUUUCAUUCCCCCUUCAACGGAGAAGUAAUGUAUGCUGUCAUGUGUGUGACAGUCAUCUGUGGAAUCCUUCUCAUGGUUGUGAUCAAGCUGAGAACCUCCAGAAUACCAAGUCAAACCAGAGAUCCCUCACCAAUCCAAAUACCUGGAGGACUCAUGGUUCAUUGA